AAACUCUCUUCCUCCUCCCAACAAAACGACUUCGCAUCGAAUUCAUCACCAACUCUGAUCUCUCCGUCCCGUCCGACGUAGGCGGCGAAAGCGGAUGGCUGACGGCCGCGGCAGCGGUGCUGCCUCCUCCUCCUCCUCCUCCUCUGAUGCUGCCACCGGCCGUCAAGGUAACCCCACCCCUCCGACCCCCUUGGACGGCGCCUUCCUCCUCCAACUCCUCCAAAAGCCUCCUCAACCCGCCCCACCUUCCGCCUCCCCCUUCUCCCUUCCUCGCCACCACAUCGACCCCGCCGUCGCCGCCGUCGGUCCCAGCCACCCCUUCUUUCCCCAUGACAUCCGCUCUCCUCCUCCGCCGCCGGGGCACUUCCCGGAGCCCCUCGUCUUCCCCUCCCCUCCCUUCUCCUUGCCUCAAGGCCUUCCACCGGGUCUAUUUCCCCCGUCGGGCUUCGUUCCUCUCGUCGGCCGCGAUGUCGUGCCCUCCGGUGGUUCAGAGAAGCACCCCUUCUUUCCUCUCGACCACCAAAGACUAGGGUUUUCAGCUGGCGGCGUCCAUCUUUUUGCUGCGUCUCCUCCAAGGAGCGAUUUUGUUCAAAAUCUUGGUCGCCCGUUGAAUGAUAGGGUUCUUGUGGAUCAGAUGGUGCCAGGCAGGAAGGUUUUGGGCCCUCGGGGUGGGGAAGAUCGGAGUUCUUCGAGACCUCCACCGGGGUUCCAGAAGUUGCAGGAUGGCGGUGCAGUUGAGGUUGAUAGGAGAUCAGGGAGUUGGAGUAGUGAUGGCAGAUUGAUUCAGCAGAAAACGCAAUCAAGUUGGUCUACUCAGAGGAACCACCAGUUCCAUCGCGAGCGAGAUAGGAAUUCAGUGUUUCAGAGGUCAACGAUGAAGGCAGGGCAGCGGAGGCCACUGGAUCACACACGCCAAGAGCAGGGAUGUGAACGUGAGAGGAGGGAUGGGAAUCAUAAUCUGGGGAUGGUAGCCAGAAGUCAGAAGGAAGAGGACCAUGCGUCUCAUUCUUCCAUGACAGAUGCUCUGCCGAGAAGAGCGUCUGGGGAUUCUCUAGGUAAACAUGACAAUUCUCCUGAUGAAAAUAAGCGUAGGAGUUGGAUGUUUGAUUCUGCUUUACAUGGCAAGACUUCUUGUUUUGUCGGAGAUAAGGAUACUGAGGAAUCUGAUCAAGAUUCAGAGUAUGAGGUCCUUGAAGAAGAAAACAAAGUAAGCAUGCAAAAGCUGGAGAUCAAAGGCCAGGGUGCAAUUGUUGAUUUUUCCUCCAAAAGCAAAUCUUCAGGUGAAGAAGAUGAGUUAUGCAAGUCAGAGAAGAAUUCAGUAAUGUUGAGGCUUGAUUCUGAAGUCCAAAAUAUAGUGACACAUACAAGCAGCUCUCGGGCUAAGGACUUCAGGUCAGACUCUUUCAGAGGGCAUCAUGUAUCAACUCAACGCAUGAGGAUUCAAAGAAGGGCAAUCCAAUGCCGCCAUGACAUAGAGGCAUUGAAUUCCAGCUUUAUUACAAUUUUUAAGUCCCUAGUACCUGCAGAGGAAGAAAAAGCUAAGCAGAAGGAACUAAUACUGUCACUACAGAAUUUGGUGACUAAAGAAUGGCCAAAUGCCAAGCUGCACCUUUAUGGAUCAUGUGCCAACUCUUUUGGGGUCUCAAAAAGUGACAUUGAUGUCUGUCUUGCUAUUGAUGAUCAUGACUUGAGCAAAUCCGAUAUCUUGUUGAAGUUGGCAGAUAUUUUACAGUCUGGUAACCUGCAAAAUGUCCAGGCACUAACUCGUGCUAGAGUCCCCAUAGUGAAGCUGAUGGAUCCAGAUACUGGACUUUCUUGUGACAUAUGUGUGAACAAUCUUUUAGCAGUUGUUAACACAAAGCUUCUUAAGGAUUAUGCACAAAUUGAUGAAAGACUACGUCAGUUGGCUUUCAUUGUGAAACAUUGGGCCAGGUCACGACGAGUCAAUGAAACAUAUCAAGGGACUCUUUCUAGUUAUGCCUAUGUGCUGAUGUGCAUUCACUUUCUACAAUUACGAAGACCUGCAAUUCUUCCUUGUUUACAGGCAAUGGAUGCUACAUACACUGUUACAGUAGAAAAUACAAAGUGCACUUACUUUGAUCGAGUGGAAAAACUGCAUGCUUUUGGUGCUAGGAAUAAGGAAAGUAUUGCACGAUUGCUCUGGGGAUUCUUCCAUUACUGGGCAUAUCACCAUGAUUACACAGACGAUGUUAUAUCUAUUCGCACAGGGACCAUAAUUAGCAAGCGAGCAAAGGACUGGACACGGCGAAUCGGAAACGAUCGUCAUCUGAUAUGCAUCGAGGACCCAUUUGAUAUCUCGCAUGACCUUGGUCGUGUGGUUGAUAAGUACAGCAUCAAAAUCCUGAGGGAGGAAUUCGAACGAGCUGCAGAUAUAUUACAGUAUGACUUAAACCCGAGUGUCACCCUCUUUCAGCCAUACGUGCCGGGCUCGCCCCAGAGAUGAUUUCAUCAAAGGAUGAUAGAUGUUUUCUUUGAGCUCCCAAAGCUAGAUUGUGUAACCUUUGACUUGCCUAUAUUUUUUGACCUUGUGUUAGCAGGAGCAGUUUUCUUCUAGCUCCUUUGUGCAUAGAAUGUAGUAGUAGUAUCAUGUUGGACAUGCACAUUACUAGUGUAAAUUAUUUUCUGGCCUCGA